UCUAGUUAACGUUAACUUUUCGAGCUGUUCGGACGUCAAAGCGGAAGGAAAUUUCGCGGGCUUUUGACUUGUGUUCGGUGCAAACUGUUCAAACUUUGCCGACGACGCAGUAUUUAUUGUCUUUCAAGAGCAACCGAUACUGCUGAAGUGCCCCACGCAGAAAGUGUUAAGCACAGAAAACCACAACGUAAGCGUUAAUUUUUGAAAGGCUCGAAGAUACGUCCGAUAAUAUAGAUAUAGAAUCGUGUGGAAACGAAACCAAAUCGUGUCGUAUAUAAGUAUAAGUGAAGCAUCAAAGGUGCUAAGCAAAUGAAUCCGCACUCAAAAGUUUAGAUAUCGAUGUGAGCGAACCCCCACACCUUCGCAAAAGUAAAAAACAAACACAGAUACGAAUCGGAAUUCGAAUACAAGUGCAAACUCAGCCACAGGUGGUUGACAAGAGUUCUAAGUGAUUGUCAAUCGUAAGCUCGAAAAUCGAAAUCGAAUUCGGCGCUCGUGAUGUUGCUCAAUUCGAUGCAAUUAUACAAAAAAAAAACACCCAAAAUAGUCAUGGUCACUAUGCUCCUAUAGAUGGUGUACAUAAUGAACUAUUAUCAGUGACCUUUUUCUAAGUGCGUGUGUGUGUGUGUGUGCUAUUAUCACUGCCUGGUAUUAUUCAUUGAUAAGUGCAUAUAAGUGUUGGGUCUACGAAAAGUGUGCGUGUGUCUAUGGUGAAUACGUCAGCGGCAUUCCAAGUAAUCAAGACUGCAAACAUCCACCGGUGCCAGGUAUUCAAAUCGUGAUUCAUCGCCGAUCGUGACUGUUUGCAACGCUAAGUGAGCAAAGUGUCUUUCAGCGUGACCAUGGCAUUAAAGGGCCAAAUGUGUUAAAAUUGUGAAUAUUUAAGAGUGUAAAAUUAGCACAAUAUAUAAUCGGAGAGGAAACAAAACUAACCAAGCCAGAUGGCGAUGCUUCCGCGGUUGAUUCUGCUGCCACUGCUCCUGAUUUUGCGGAUCUCGUGGAGCGAUGCUGUGCCUUUGCAGCAGUUCUCACCGGAUCCCGAUGACAGCAUCGAGAACUGCGGCGGCGAGAAUGGAGCUCCCCUGAUGACGCCCUGCAAGAGCGCCAUUAUCCUGGAUGCCCAGACGAGCACCACGCUUAAGUGCGAGGACGACGAGCCGAUGAGCUGGUGGACCAGUCAAUCGCAAUAUGUGCAUGUGAAGUCCUUCGAUAAUACGGAGGAUCCGGCUCGACCAUUCGGAACUAGCCUGCAUCUCAUCGAAGUGACGGCUGACUAUGUGGCAGCCUACUAUUGCGUGAAGACUUCGAAAUUCAGUCAGAUCGCCAAGGAGGAGCAGUCGGACGAGGCGAUGAUCGAAUUGGUUAAUCAAGGAUACGCCAGCUCCAUCUACGUGUACGUGAAUGAUCCGGACACUAAGCUGGUCGAUAGUCAUAACGUGGUGACGGCACGCCAGUAUACCGACGUAGUCAUACCCUGUAAACCAGCCAUGCCGGACACAGAGGUGCUGCUAGAGACCAGUAAUGGAGAAAUGCAUUCCAGCAAAUCUGUCGGUCGAUACGAUCCGCAACGGGGAUUCACCAUCGAAAUCCGAAGCAUCGUGGAUGGCGGAGACUACUACUGCCGACCCAAUCCGCCAUUCCCGCAUAACGAAGAGGAGAUGACCAGCAUAGAAGUGCGCUUUAUUGGUAACGGUCACAUUGAUAAAGACGGCAAACCGCUGCCAAAGCCCGUGAUCAGGUCCUCCGUGGAGCAUCACGUCUUCACGGACACCAACUUCACCCUGGAUUGCGAGCAGUCCGCCUACGUUGAAUCAGUAUACGGAAUGGAAUGGUUCACUCCGUCCCGGGAUGAGAAUCGCAUAUUUGCCUCCCAAUCAAGAACCGAUCCCAAGACCAGGAACAGCACCCAUCAGACGGGCAGGAGCACCUUGACAGUGCUAAAUGCACAACCCUCGGACACUGGUCUAUACAAGUGUGUGACAACAGAUAAUUCUAACCAGAACGUACAACGUGCCACCUACAGGAUUAAGGUGCUAAAGCAAAACGAAAGUUACCUGAACGUGGGCGAACCAUCGGGUCAUUACAACGUUCAGGAAUAUGCCAAUCGCACGAUCCAAAUGACCGCGAACUUUGAGGGAUUUCCGACGCCCUCCUUCAGUUGGUUCAAACCCGAUGGCACCGAGGUGCGACAAUCGGAGAAUAACUUCAAGAUUCUCUCCACGGAAUUGAGCACAAUGCUCCAGGUGCUGAACGCCCAAUUGCAGGACAGCGGCACGUAUGUCCUCCGUGGAUCCAAUUCCUUCGGCGUCGUUCAGCGGGAGUACAACGUCAGUGUGAUGGACGCACCGGCGCUGAAGAUGUCGGACGCCUAUGUCCAGGUGGGAUCCGUGGCGCGACUGGAGUGCACAGUACGCUCCUAUCCGCCGGCUAUCGUGACCUUCUUCUUCCGCCCCUGCAGCCUGGAACCACAGUGGCCCACUUGCUCUGUGCUCAAUCAGAACUUUAGCUUGCCGAGUGAACAGGAGAAAUAUCAGUUCCAGACCCGGCCCAGACCCGGAAAGCUGAGUGUGGAACGCAUAUACGAGGUAUCCUUCCUGCCCACGGAGCCGGGAAUCCUCACAUGCAUUGCCCAAAAUAUCAUUGAUGGAAAGGAACGAAGAACCCUGACGAAGGCGCACGUUCUGCUGGGCAACAUUUCCGAGAACAUGACCAUAUAUGGCUUCGAUAAGGAUCACAAAAUCGCCAAGGAGGACAAUGUGAACUUCACCUGCGAGGCGCUGGCCUAUCACUUCGAUGGAAAUCUUAAAUGGUUCAUCAAUGGAGAGGAUUUGAAGGAGUCGGAUUCGGUUCACAUUGAGACCAGCCAUACCAAGUACUCCUACAAGAGCACUGUACACAUCACAACGAUAUCCGACAGGGAUCGUGGAACCUAUGAGUGCCGGGCCUACCACAACGACAAGGAUGCCGUUUACAGCAGCCGGGAGAUAGACUUGUACGUCCACGAUCCCUCUGCUCCUCAGUGGACAAACGGCGGACAGGAGGGUCACUCGAAAAUAAAGCGCAAACUAAGCCAAACGCUGGAGCUGGAGUGUGCCUCCACAGCGGUUCCCGUGGCAAUUGUGCGUUGGUUUAAGGACGACAAGGAAGUGACCGAAUCAAAGCUCAGGCACAUCAUUGAAAAGGAAUCCAAGCUGCUGAUCACUCACCUGUAUCCCGGAGAUGAAGGCGUCUACAAGUGUGUGGUGGAGAACCGAUUGGACAGAAUCGAACGCUCCUUCACGGUAGUGAUAUCAGAUCUGCCCGGCAUUAGCAUGGCCUGGGUGUGGUUCGGUGUGAUACUAUUCCUCAUCCUGAUCGGUCUGUGCGUCUUCCUCGCCGUGCGCUACCAGAAGGAGCACAAGCGGCAUCUGGCCCUUAAGGCAGCCGGAUUGGCCAACUUCGAGGAGGGCGCCGUGGGACACAUCAAUCCCGAUCUGACCCUGGACGAGCAGGCGGAACUGCUGCCCUACAAUCGGGAAUUCGAGUUCCCACGGGAAAACCUGAAACUGGGCAAGCAACUCGGAGCCGGAGCAUUUGGCGUUGUGCUCAAGGGCGAGGCCAAGGGCAUCCGGCGAGAGGAGCCCACCACCACGGUGGCCGUCAAAAUGGUCAAGGCGACGGCUGACAACGAGGUGGUGCGGGCACUGGUCUCCGAGCUCAAGAUCAUGGUACAUCUGGGACAGCACUUGAAUGUGGUCAAUCUCCUGGGUGCAGUUACCAAAAAUAUUGCGAAGCGCGAACUAAUGGUCAUUGUGGAAUACUGUCGCUUUGGCAACAUACAGAACUUCCUUCUGAGGAACAGAAAGUGCUUUAUCAAUCAAAUCAAUCCAGACACCGAUCACAUUGACCCCAGCAUCAUGACCCAGCGCAUGUCCGACAACUACGAACUGCACCGCGAUACGAAUGGUGGUGGCUUGAAGUACGCCAAUGUCGGUUUCCCGAUCCACUCUUACAUUAAUGAGCCGCACAACAAUAACACGCAACCGCCAACUCAUCGCAGAAAUUCGGACAAUGAUCCCCGAUCGGGCACCCGAGCCGGACGAACCGGAUCCGGAACAGCCACCUACAGCUACGACCGUCAGAUGGAUACCUGUGCCACCGUAAUGACCACCGUCCCAGAAGACGAUCAAAUAAUGUCCAAUAACUCCGUACAACCCGCCUGGCGUUCCAAUUACAAAACCGACUCCACGGAGGCGAUGACAGUGACCACUGUGGAUUUGAUCAGUUGGGCAUUCCAAGUGGCAAGGGGCAUGGAUUACUUGUCCUCCAAGAAGGUGUUGCACGGCGAUCUGGCCGCUAGAAAUAUUCUCCUCUGCGAGGACAAUGUGGUAAAGAUUUGUGACUUUGGUCUGGCUCGAUCCAUGUAUCGAGGUGAUAACUACAAGAAGUCAGAGAAUGGCAAAUUGCCCAUCAAGUGGCUGGCGCUGGAAUCGCUGAGCGAUCAUGUGUUCAGCACAUACAGCGAUGUUUGGUCCUACGGAAUUGUUCUAUGGGAGAUGUUCUCGCUGGCCAAGGUGCCGUAUCCGGGCAUCGAUCCCAACCAAGAGCUAUUUAACAAACUGAACGAUGGCUACCGCAUGGAGAAGCCGAAAUUUGCCAACCAGGAGCUCUACGAGAUUAUGCUAGAGUGCUGGCGAAAGAAUCCCGAGAGCAGACCUUUGUUUGCUGAGCUGGAGAAGCGAUUUGCAAACAUGCUGGGCGAGGAUGUAGCCAGCCACUACCUGGACCUAAACAAUCCGUACAUGCAGAGCAACAUUGAGUACAUGAAGAAGCAGUCUACGGAUUACCUGGCACUGAUGGGAUCACCCGACGAGCUGGCGCCUGCAGCUCCGCGCUACGUGAACGGGCACAUAGUGCCCGAUAUACGCAUCGAAGAGCUGCCGGAUGACUACAUGGAGAUGAGCCGGGAUUCUGAUCCCGAUGCCUGCACCGCCAUAUUCUCACCCACACGCCUCGAGGGCGAGUCCUCAGACUUUCCGGAUUUCUCUAGCGAAACCACUUUCAAUUUCCCAGGGGCGCGACAGUCGCCUACGCUGAGUAACAAUCUCAACAGCGGAUCGAGUAAGCCGCUCCGCAAGAAGAACGGCAUGCCAACUGUGGAUGUGGCAGAUCAGGCGCCGGAGGAGAUACCUAUGCUGCAUCGCAGCUCCACUGGAUCGGAUGGAAGUCCGGAACAGGGAAGGCGCUUCAAUCAGGCCCUUAAGCAGCAGUAUGUCACGCCCACACCGUCCCCUCGCCAUCAUGUGGAGACCAAACUCAAUGGGGAGCCAUCCGAAAACUAUGUGAAUAUGAAGCCACCCAGGAAGAAUAUACCCGGCAAAACCACAACAGGUGGCGGGGGUGCUGCUGCUGGAGCCUCCACGGAGGCCUUCUCGAAUCCCAGCUACCAGCCACUGUCCACCGUCAACGAGAAGGAGCAACGAAGGUAUUAGGACGUCCCGGAGCCAUUAGAUUAAGUUUAGGACCUCUUUGCAGCUCAGUUGGAGUUUUAAGUGAAAUCUUAAAUAGAAAAUUUUAAAUAUUGUAUAAUCAACUUAUGUAAUGACUAUUGUUGAUCUUAGGAAAACAAAUUGUUAACAGAAAGUAAUCGUACGCGAUAUAACCUUUUAAAAAAAAGUUAAAAUUUCAACUUAAUUGUUUAGGGGCCUUUAAGAAACAAUACUACUUAGUGGCAUUGUUAAGAUUCUGAUAUAGCUUUAGGACCACACACUCACUCCAUGUUAUAUACUAUUAAUGCCAUUUCAUGUUUUACAUUUAGUGUAGUCUAAGUCGAUUAAACUUAUCUAUGUAAAUGAUUGUCUUGAAUUGUGUAUGCAUGUACCUACGACUACUCAAAUACAAUGGGUAUGAUAAC